AAAGAAAAUAUUACCGCUGGAUCUGUUAUCUAUAAAGGAAUCGAAGAUAAUCCCUGGAUAACUAAAAAAGAAUUGAAAAAUAUUAUUAGACAAGCUGUAGCAUUUGCGGAGGAACAUUCCUCACAUAAGAAGACCCUUUCCGACAUUCUAGUUGAGGAAAAUUUUUCCUCGGCAGUGUGGAGAAUUUUAGGGUGUAGAAAUAUGCUCAAUUCUAUGUGGUUGCUUUUAGUAUCACAUAAAGUCUUGUUUGUGUGUUGGAGAGCGGUGAAAAUUAAUAAAGAAGGACCUCUUAAUUCGAAUCAAAUCCAAAAAAAUAUUAAUGCACUAAAGGGUAAACUUAACAAGGGUUCAGCACUACUUAAGAAGAAUGUGGCAGUACUUUACGAGAAAUUACUUCUCGGUGUCAAUCAGGUUUCUAUUUCUAAGUUGACUUGGAAAGACCCUCUUGCGAGUCAAGUGAUAAGUGAUGAUUCAGCUCUGGUACAACAAUUGCCAGAUCGACAAAAGGAACUUUUUAUGAAACCAAAAGAUGAUAUGGUCCCUUCGUCACUUCCACAAAUUAUACGAGAUAAAUGCAAUGAAUUCGUAGAAGACUUUGUCAAUGAAGAUAUGGAUAUUUUACCAAGACAACUUAAGCACGAUGGAUCAUGGAAAGAACCAGAUGAGAAGCUUACAGAGAUUGCAUCAGGAAUUUUGCAUGCUCUUAAUGAUGCAUGGAACAAUCCCGCAUUCAGUCCUGAGUUUGCAAAAUUGCAAAGCGAAGGUACUUACGUGACCAAUGUAGUAGUACCUGCUAUUCGGGCUUCAUUAAAGGAUCUUCCUUUCGGAAAAUCUACUUUUGUUAGCACUGCGGAGCAUCAAAGUUCUGCCAGUGCAGAUAGACGAGGUGAAGGACGGUCAGGAAGACGGCCCGAUAUUAUGUUUGUGAAAGAUACAGACGAUGAAAUAAAGCUAUGGCGUGAAGCUAAUGACGGAAUGUACUGGGCUCACAAAUCAAUUAAGCCUGAUAAGGAUGAAUUCGGAAUUGUUGCGAUCCAAGUAGCCGGAUCAAUAAUACGAUUAAAUUUUCUCAUUAGGGAUGUGGCUAAUGUGCAUCGAUAUUACCAUCUCUAUGAAGCAAAGAUUCCUGUGCAACAAUCCGAUUCAUUCAUCGUAGAAAAUUUUGUCAAAAUUUUAUUAACCUUACGAAACAUUAUAAUUAUUAACAUGUCUUUACUAUUUCAUGCACCACCAUCUAGGUCGAAAAGAAACAAAAGUAGUUCAACAGUGGAUUCUGACUAG